AUGGCCGGGCAGGAAAAGCAUCUUGUAGUAGAUCCGCCGGAAGAUUACGAUUAUGAGUCCUUACCACCGAACUUCUCGCUGGCAGCGAAUAUGGCCGCCGGCGCAUUCGCUGGCAUUGCAGAGCACUCAGUCAUGUACCCAAUAGACCUGCUCAAGACUCGAAUGCAGGUCGUCAACCCAACCCCCACAGCCAUAUACAGCGGCAUCGGCAAUGCCAUCGCAACGAUAUCGAGAGUGGAAGGCUAUGCGUCGUUAUGGCGAGGCUUGUCGAGCGUCGUGCUCGGAGCAGGCCCGGCGCACGCAGUCUACUUUGCAACUUACGAAGUGGUGAAGCAAGCCAUGGGCGGCAACGCCUCGGGUCACCACCCUCUAGCAGCAGCAACAAGCGGCGCCUGCGCCACCAUCGCCUCCGACGCCUUCAUGAAUCCCUUCGACGUCAUCAAACAGCGCAUGCAGGUCCACAACUCCCCCUACCGCAGUCUGGUCCACUGCGCCCGCACCGUCUUCCACAACGAAGGGCUGCGCGCCUUCUACGUCUCCUACCCAACCACCCUCACCAUGACCGUCCCCUUCACCGCGCUCCAAUUCACCGCCUACGAGUCCCUCACCAAACUCCUGCAGAAGAACUCAGGACGAAGCGAAGUCGCCGUCUACGAUCCACUCACGCAUUGCACGGCUGGAGGACUGGCGGGUGGGUUCGCGGCGGCUGCUACAACGCCGUUGGAUGUGGUCAAGACAUUGUUGCAGACCAAGGGCGCGAGUAGUGAUGCGGAGAUACGGCAUGCGAGGGGAUUGUUCGACGCGGCAGGCAUUAUUUGGAGACGGGAGGGCGCCAAGGGGUUCUUCAGGGGGAUGAAGGCACGGGUUGUCACGGCGGCACCGAGUACGGCGAUCUGUUGGAGCGCUUAUGAGGUGGCUAAGGCGUAUUUCAUUCGGGUGGAGGCGGAGAGUUGA